AUGUCGACGCUGAUAAACUACAAUCAGGCGACGUUUAAAGACCAUCCGGAACCCAACAAACGCCGGCUACAGGAAUUGCAACACUCAGCUGCAAGAGCGCACGCCGCAAGAGUAGCAUACUGGCGGAAGAGAGGCGUUCAGUCAGUCAAGUCGAGGGCCGCCGAGCACAGGCAGCGUCAGGACGAUGGCACCUCUAAUGCGUCGACCGAGUCCACCAUUCAUGUGAAGCAGGAGUGCAACAGCGUUGUCGUCCCCAAACUAGCUCGACUUCCCGUAUCCAGUCUCUUCGACCCGUUCGAUGCCAUCCCCAUUGCACAAAAUGCCGAUGUUGUGGCAGCUAUUGAUCACUAUAUCAACAAGUGGGCCCCUUCGCAAAGACCCGGUCUGAAAUAUCAGACGAAGGAUAACCCACUUAUCAGAGAUGCUUUCCCAGCAGGGCUCCAGAAUGUGGAACUUUUCGAAGCAAUUGUAGCCCUCUGCCUGAGUUUUAAGGCCGCAGCUCAAAAUUUUGAGCCUCGCGUGUGCAGUCGGUCUCUCUACCAUAAAGGCCAGGCACUCUCCGGGAUCCGGAACAAACUGACCUCUGGCUGGGUCGACGAAGCAGUUAUACUGGCAACAGUGUUUCUGAUGAUCAUUGACAAUGUUUUUCUGGACAUUCAGGCUUACGAAACUCAUCUGCAUGGGCUCCGAAAGAUGGCAAAAGCUUCAAGGGCGGAAUCCAAUGCAUUGCUGCUGUUCGGCGAUCGUAUUUCCUUGCACAGGUCGGUCACAAGCGGCGCUUGUCUAGAAUAUCCGAGCCAGCCGUUUCCCAGCACCCUUACAAUCGUCAUCGGCACUCUGACACCCGGCUUUCAGACUCUGGCAUCCGACGGUCAACUUUCAGUGGAAGUCCUCUCCAAUCUUGCGAAAACAGUUCAUUGGUCUCGCUGCAUAGACCCAGAACCAGGCCAAAGUCCGAGCGGGACCGACCAAGCAUUCCUGAUGACCUUCGAUCCGCGGGCAAACAGCGCGGACCUCAUGAGAUUGUGCCGAAUUGCUGGCAAGGACUGUGCAGUGGAGAGAGCAGUCUGCAAGGCUGUCUACGUCUACCAUGCUAAUCUGCUGGGAUGGACGUGUCGAUGUUCCGGUUACCGGCGGGUGGUCGAAGAGCUGGGGACCGCUCUCCGCCGUUGGGAUUUCCACAAGACGUGGGACAAAGACUUAUGGAAGUGGCUAGCUCUUGUAACAGCCAAUGCCGCCCGGCGUGGGAAGCUGCAGCAUUUGCAGACGGAAGUGAUGACAAGCUUAUUUGCUUCAAGCGGCUCGGGGCAGGACUGGAAGUCCGUGCAGACGGCAACUAAAAAGUUCUUGUACCACAGCGCGCUGAGCCAGGAAUGGGAAAUCUGUUGGCACAUGGCUCAUGCAUCGACCGCAUGA